AUGAGUCCUCCGAUUGUCAACUUUCCCAGCCUUCAACCCGCCAUUGUCUGGAAGGUCAAUGCGGGUGCCGCUCACCCAGUUGGACCCCGUCAGAGUGGCUCGACCUUGAUACAUUUCGAAACUCCCACCGGCACCAUUGAAACCGUCGAGGGAUUUGAGCCCCAAUUCAAAGGCAAGGUCGUAUUCGGUGCUGACUGGCUCGAGUUCGAUCCGGACCAGAAACAUGCCCGUAUCAACAUGAAGGCAAUUGCCACAACCGAUGAAGGCAAGGAGAUCAGUUUUGGAUACACAGGAGUCAUUGCGCUCAACGAGGCGGUCAUGAAGAUCUUCAAUCAAACGCCAGAUUCGGAGAGCGUCCCAUUCGGCUUCAGCACGGGAGCACACUCUUUCUUCAGCGGUGACCCAUCCUUGAAGGAACUGGAGAAUAUGACCCUGGUCGGCAAUGGGCGAAUGCUAGUGGAUCCGGAGACUCGUGUGAUUACCGUCGAGUCUCGCAUCUCGAGGGUUAUUCCUGCAACGGGAUUCGAUUAG